AUGAUGGGCUCUGAAAAACAGGGCAUCGAAGAAGCCCAGCUCUACGCGUCCAAGGAAGAAAUGGAAAAUCUCGUGCUCGACGAGCCUUUGAACGGCAAUAAAUCGUACUCGAGUUAUCGCAGCACCAUGUCGUCGCUCUCCGAUACGCACCACCCUCUCUCGUCGUCGUCCCCGCUCGUCCCCGCCACCACCGCCGCCGCCCCAGCCGACGCCGAUCCCCUAAUAUCGCCCUUACCGUACCGCGAUCUCCGAAACCCUAACUCCGCCCCCGAUAACUCCACAUACCUCGACCCGCCUGCUUACGCCGACGUGAUAUUCAGUCCCUUCGAUGCCGACACCAUCGCCGAAAUCAACGGCAUCGAGAGCCCCAGCAAGAGCUCCGACAAUUCGAGCUUGUACUCUCUCUCGCGAUCUCCGUCUUCCACCUCCGAGUACAUUAAAAUCACGGUCUCGAAUCCUCAGAAAGAGCAGGAGACCACGAAUUCGAUCGUUCCGGGAGGCAACACCUAUGUCACGUACCUGAUCACGACUCGGACGAACAUUCCGGAUUUCGGCGGAUCGGAAUUCGGAGUCCGACGAAGGUUUCGGGAUGUGGUGACGUUAUCGGACCGGUUGGCCGAGUCGUACAGAGGGUUCUUUAUACCGCCGAGGCCGGACAAGAGCGUGGUGGAGAGUCAGGUGAUGCAGAAACAGGAGUUUGUGGAGCAGAGAAGAGUGGCAUUGGAAAAGUACUUGAGGCGAUUGGCUUCGCACCCAGUGAUCAAGAGAAGCGACGAAUUGAAGGUCUUUUUGCAGGUUCAGGGGAGGCUUCCGCUGCCGUUGACCACUGAUGUGGCGUCGAGGAUGCUUGAUGGGGCAGUGAAGCUUCCAAAGCAGUUGUUCGGGGAGAGCGGGGCGGUACUGGCGCCACAAGAGGUGGUUCAGCCGGCGAAGGGCGGGAGGGAUUUGUUGAGGUUGUUCAAGGAGUUGAAGCAGUCUAUGUCUAAUGAUUGGGGAGCUUCGAAGCCGCUGGUGGGGGAGGAGGACAAGGAGUUUUUGGAGAAGAAAGAGAAGAUGCAGGAGCUGGAGCAACAGCUCAGCAAUGCGUCUCAGCAGGCUGAAUCACUUGUGAAAGCCCAACAAGACAUGGGAGAGACAAUGGGAGAGUUAGGACUGGCGUUUAUAAAACUGACCAAGUUUGAGAAUGAGGAGGCCUUGUUCAACUCUCAAAGAGUGCGAGCAGCUGACAUGAAGAAUGUGGCAACUGCUGCAGUCAAAGCUAGCAGAUUCUAUCGAGAGUUAAAUGCUCAGACUGUCAAACAUUUGGACACAUUCCAUGAAUAUCUUGGGCUUAUGUUAGCUGUCAACAGUGCAUUCUCGGAUCGGUCAAGUGCUUUAUUAACAGUGCAGACUCUACUAUCAGAACUGGAUAUGCUGCAAUCAAGAGCUGAAAAACUUGAAGUUCAAUCAAAUAAAAUAUUUGGUGGCGACAAAUCAAGGAUUCGCAAGCUAGAGGAGUUAAAUGAAACCAUAAGAGUCACUGAGGAUGCUAAAAAUGUGGCAAUCAGAGAAUAUGAGCGGAUCAAGGAAAAUAACAAGAGUGAACUUGAAAGGCUUGACCACGAGAGGCAUGCUGACUUCUUGAACAUGUUGAAGGGAUUUGUGCUUAAUCAGGUACUUACCGAUUGCGUUCCUGUUUACAUAGCUAUGUAG